CUGCUUGUCAUCCAGCUCAGAUCCCUGUGCAGCGUGCUGUCACUUCAUCAGCAGGGCCAGCUUGGGACGUACUGGAGCACCAUGGAGCUGCUGUCAUCUCUCAGCCUGGAGGAUCUGGCUGUAUCCUUCUCCAAACUGCCCGUCUUCCCUCUCUUUGAUGUGGUGGCUUAUUAUAUCAUCUCCAUCCUGUACCUCAAGUAUGAGCCAGGUGCUGUGGCUCUUUCAAGACGUAGUCCAGUAGCCUCCUGGAUAUGUGCGAUGCUCUACUGCUUUGGCAGCUACAUUCUUGCAGAUGUCUUACUUGGUGAUUCACCCAUCCACUACUUCAGUAAUAAUUCCAAUAUACUUCUGGCUUCAGCUGUUUGGUACUUGAUGUUUUUCUGUCCACUGAGCCUGUUCUACAAGAUAGUUAGCUUCCUGCCUAUUAAACUAGUCCUUGUUGGGAUGAAAGAGGUAGUCCGAGUACGCAAAAUCGCCAUUGGAAUCCACCAUGCCCACCACCAUUACCACCAUGGAUGGGUUAUCAUGGUACUCAUUGGAUGGGUGAAAGGUUCUGGAGUUUUGCACUGAUGUCUAAUCUGGAACAGCUUUUACGGGGCGUUUGGAAGCCUGAGACCAAUGAAAUUCUUCACAUGUCCUUCCCAACCAAGGCCAGUUUGUAUGGCGCUAUCCUGUUUACUCUGCAGCAGGCCCACUGGUUACCUGUUUCCAAAGCCAACCUCAUCUUCUUCUUUACAUUGUUCAUGGCAGCUUGCAAGAUAUUCAUGACUGCCACCCACUCCCAUGGAUCACCCUUUGCUCCAGUAGAAAAUGGCCUCUGCCUUGUUCUUUUUGGCUCUCCUGAUGGUGUGCAUGAGGAACAUGAUGACCACCACCAUCACCACCAUGAUGAUCAUGAGGUGUCCCAUUCAGCAGGAAAAUCCAAAGAAGAACUGAAUGAAGGAACUCGCAAAAGAAAAGUGAAGAAAGCAGAAUAA